CCGCCCCCAGCCGCGCGUGGCUGCUGGCGAAGGCUGAGACCGCGCUCCCGCAGACCAGUUCCCAGCAGCAGCGCGUCCUCCCUGCUCCGCGCCUUCGCUCCGGACCCGCGUCGUCGCAGCCCCGCGGUGAUGAGCCCCGAGCCGGUCCCGCCGCCGCCGCCACCCCAGUGUCCCGGCUGCGAUCGCGCGGAGCCGAUCGCCCAGCGCUUAGAGGAGGGCGACGAGGCCUUCCGCGCGGGCGAGUACGAGAUGGCAGCCGAGCUCUUCCGCUCCAUGCUAGCCGGGCUGGCGCAGCCGGACCGCGGCCUGUGCCUGAGGCUGGGGGACGCGCUGGCCCGCGCCGGCCGCCUCCCGGAGGCCCUGGGCGCGUUCCGCGGCGCCGCGCGGCUCGGGGCGCUGCGGCCGGAGGAGCUGGAGGAGCUGGCGGGCGGCCUGGUGCGCGCCGUGGGCCUGCGCGAGCGGCCGCUGUCCGCGGAGAACCCGGGCGGCGAGCCCGAGGCGCCGGGCGAGGAAGGGCCGGCCCCGGCGCCCCGCGCGCCCCGCGACCUGCUCGGCUGCCCGCGCUGCCGGCGGUUGCUGCACAAGCCGGUGACGCUGCCCUGCGGGCUCACAGUCUGCAAGCGCUGCGUGGAGCCGGGGCCCGCGCGGCCGCAGGCGCGGCGCGUGAACGUGGUGCUGAGCGGCCUGCUGGAGAAGUGCUUCCCGGCCGAGUGCCGGCUGCGCAGGUUGGCGGGCCAGGCGCGUAGCCUGCAGCGGCAGCAGCAGCCCGAGGCCGCGCUGCUCAGGUGCGACCAGGCGCUGGAUCUCGCUCCUGAUGAUAAUUCAUUAUUGCUGCUGCGGGCAGAGUUAUAUUUGACCAUGAAGAACUAUGAGCAAGCGUUCCAGGAUGCCAGUGCAGUCUGUCAGAAUGAACCUCUCUUGAUUAAGGGACAUCAAGUAAAAGCUCAGGCUCUUUCUGGAUUGGGAAGAAGUAAGGAAGUGUUAAAGCAGUUUCUCUACUGCCUCGCUCUAAAUCCUGAGUGUAACUCUAUGAAGAAAGAAGCACAGAAGGUAAUGUGUGAAGUGCUGUUUUCAGCUACAGAAAAUGUGCAUGAAAAUUUAACAUCUUCCAUCCAAAGCAGAUUAAAGGCUCAGGGUCACAGCCACAUGAAUGCCCAGGCUCUGCUGGAAGAACGUGAUGCAGGGAGCUCGGAGAAUUCAUCUGAGAAAUCUGAUAUGCUUGGAAAUACCAAUUCUUCAGUUUUGUAUUUUAUACUGGGUCUACACUUUGAAGAGGAUAAAAAGGCAUUAGAAAGCAUCCUUCCAACAGCACCCAGCGCUGGCUUAAAGAGGCAGUUUCCAGAUGACGUGGAGGAUGCACCUGACCUGAACGCCCCUGGAAAAAUUCCCAAGAAAGAUCUCUCACCUCAAAGGAGCCCAAACUCUGAGACAGAAGAAAGUCAGGGGCUCUCGCUUGAUGUAACUGACUUUGAGUGUGCCCUCUGCAUGAGGUUGCUCUUUGAACCUGUCACUACGCCCUGUGGACACACAUUUUGCCUAAAAUGCCUUGAGCGCUGCCUUGACCAUGCUCCACACUGUCCUUUGUGCAAAGACAAACUUUCAGAAUUAUUGGCAAGCAGGAACUUUAACAUAACUGUUCUGGCCGAAGAAUUAAUAUUUCGAUAUUUGCCGGAUGAAUUGUCUGAUAGGAAGAGAAUUUAUGAUGAAGAAAUGUCAGAACUGUCAAAUCUGACCAGAGACGUCCCCAUCUUUGUGUGUGCCAUGGCCUUCCCCACGGUCCCGUGUCCACUCCACGUCUUUGAGCCCCGCUAUCGGCUUAUGAUAAGAAGAUGCAUGGAAACUGGCACCAAGCGGUUUGGCAUGUGUCUAUCUGCUGAGCACGCAGGGCUUUCAGAAUAUGGAUGCAUGCUGGAGAUUAAGGACGUGAAAACGUUUCCCGAUGGAAGUUCUGUUGUAGACGCGAUUGGCGUCAGUCGGUUCCGAGUGCUUAGCCACCGUCACAGAGACGGCUAUAACACAGCGGACAUUGAGUAUCUUGAAGAUGAAAAGGUGGAGGGUCCGGCGUAUGAAGAACUUGCCGCGCUCCACGAUUCCGUGCAUCAACAGUCUGUUUCCUGGUUCGCGUCUCUCCAGGAUCGCAUGAAAGAACAAAUUUUAAGUCAUUUUGGGGUAAUGCCAGACAGAGAACCGGAGCCUCAGAGUAAUCCCAGCGGCCCUGCCUGGUCCUGGUGGAUCCUGGCCGUGCUGCCCCUGGAGCGCAAGGCUCAGCUGGCCAUCCUCGGCAUGACCUCACUCAAAGAGCGGCUCCUUGCCAUCCGACGGAUAUUAGUCAUCAUCACGCGUAAGAUGAAUAGUCGGCAAGAGCUGGCUAAUGCCAGGGAGAGAAAUAAUUGAUUUUUCUCUCUGUCAAGGUUUCUGGAAGCCCUUGUACUUUUAUAAAUGUCAGGCAUGGACGAAUAGCCGUCCACUCAUUGUGCUUUGUCAAGUGCUUGUGGAUAAGGUUCCAAAAUGGGACGCUUGCCAAACAUUGAGUCCUCAAAAAUGACAAUUCUGUGUCUGGUGGGAUCUGAUCUUGUACAAGGUUAGCCUGAAGUCUGAAUGGAGCCCAUAGUUGGGAAAAAAAAAAAA